CAACACGGUCGUUCUUGGUUCGUCUUUCUUCUUCAUUGCGCGUAUCACGGCCUUGAUUUUCUUGCACUGCUCCAGAAUGUCAGACUACGAGGAUGAUAUGGAUGUAGACGCUCCGGCGUCCGUACAGUUCAGCUCACACAACACCGACGCAAAGGCUAAGAGGCCUGUUGCCGAUCUCCCAGUUGAAGCUGAAGAUAACUUACCAUGGGUAGAAAAGUAUCGCCCAAAUACCCUCAGUGAGGUCUCCGGACACCAGGACGUCCUAGCUACCAUCAACAAAUUUGUCGAGUCAAAUAGGUUACCGCAUCUCCUUCUGUAUGGUCCUCCGGGAACAGGCAAGACAUCCACCAUUCUCGCGCUCGCCAGAAAAAUAUAUGGUAGCAAGAAUAUGCGACAGAUGGUGCUCGAGCUCAAUGCCAGUGACGACAGAGGCAUUGACGUUGUUAGAGAACAGAUAAGAACAUUUGCUAGCACAAAACAGAUAUUUUCAAUGGCGCCGCCGACUACUUCUUCCGGGUCAUCCCUAGGGGCAUUCAAAUUAAUCGUCCUUGAUGAGGCUGAUGCUAUGACUGCUACUGCGCAGAUGGCUCUCCGCCGAAUCAUGGAGAAGUACACGGCCAACACGCGAUUCUGCAUCAUUGCGAACUACACGCACAAGCUGUCACCAGCCCUUCUAUCGCGAUGUACACGCUUUAGAUUUAGUCCCUUAAAGGAGGCCGAUAUUAGGCAAUUGGUCGACCAAGUGAUCGAGAAGGAGCAAGUACGGAUUCAGCCGGGCGCUGUAGACAGCCUAGUAAAGCUAAGCAAGGGCGACAUGCGCCGAGCAUUGAACGUUCUCCAAGCAUGUCAUGCAAGCAGUAAGUGCAACUCUAACCUCACUGGUUAUGAUAAGAAUUCUAGGCGCUUAUCUUUACCCCAGGCAAGCCUCUCCCGAUGAAAGAUGCGUCGAAGAACGAGCCACACCGGGAAUCGGAAGUUAUCACGAACGAUACCAUCUACAACUGCGUUGCCGCACCUCAUCCUUCGGACAUUCACGAGAUCAUGACAACCUUACUGUCUACUAGCGACGUCACGUCGUGCCUCAACACAUUAAACACAAUGAAGGCGAACAAGGGCCUUGCUCUAGCCGACAUCCUGUCAGCAUUGGGGGAGCAGUUGCAACGACUGGAGGUCCCUGUGCAGACGAGGAUCACAUGGCUGGAGGGUCUGGCCGAGAUCGAAUGGCGCCUAUCAGGUGGUGGAUCGGAAGCAAUACAGACAGGCGGGCUUGUCGGAGUGGUGCGGAACGGAUGCGAGCUCAUGGGAGACAAGGCGAUUCCCAUGGAUAUAUGAUCCUCACCCGUGCAGCUCUGCUAUUUGUCUUCUGUGUGCAGUGUGCAGUGUGCACUGCAGGGUUGGGGUUUCCGAGCGGCUGGUCCGGAGGUGGGGGAGUCCAACACAUAUCCAUGGGGUAGCGUUAUUGUGAUAUCUGAUCGAGGCCCAUAAUUACUAUUGUGCCAUACGAGGGACAUCUCGCUAUCAUUCGAGCCAUUCAACCCAGGAAGCUGAUCGGGCUAUCGCCGUGCUCCGGCAAACGAAUCAAGGCUUUUUUUUCGCCGAUCUGAUCCAAGCCGGCCAUUCUUGUAGAUAUUAUUUUCCUAGCGCGUUGACAGUAAGAUGAUUAAGCCCAAUUGUGAAUUGACUUCGACCGGACACGCCCAGAACUUGGCAUCGCUGGAAAACUGCAAAACCCCUCUGUUAAUAUUAUUACGUACCUGCAAGCCGUGGCGUGC